CUGUUGUGUCUGACGAUAGACGCUGCGUGGGGGUUUUCGCUUGAUGUCAUUGGGAAAGACGCGAGAGCUGCGUUUACAUCGUUGUUUCUCAUGCUUCAGUGGCGGUUUGCUGUCUUUAAUUCCCUUACGCACUCACAUAACACUCUUUAACCCCCCCAGGCUGGUUUUUCAUCCGUUUUUGGCAUGAAGAAGAUGAUGCGGCGGUGCCGUGCUCGCCCUCGGCGGUCGUGCAGAUGCGCGUGCAGCUGAGGCGAAAGAUGGACCAUAACACCGUCGACGAAAACGACCGAUUGCGGCUCUAAAUAGCUGUUUUUCUUCUUUUCCUGUUAAAAUCACGCCGACGAGAACUUGUUUUGAGAUGGCUAUGAGGACGUCGAGCGGCACAAGGCCCUCCGGACGACAAACAACCCGUCGGGAUCUGUAGCCCGUUAGCUAGUAACAGAAGAACACUGCAGUCACCAUAUGAGGAGGAUGAUGAUGAGGAUGGAGCACCAGCCCUGAGCUCUUAUUAGGAGGAAGAUCAGGGACAUUGCCUGGUCUUUUGGGCCUUUAUAUUGAUCUAAAAGGGCCCUGGACUUCAUAUACAUCAUAUCAUAUCAUGCAGUCGGGAUUGAACAGUGAACAUUCUGCUUACUGACUGCUUUCUUAUAUCUAAAGAAAGAUUUGCUCACUUUUUCAGUCAAACACCACUGACCAGAUAACCUGAGAUGGAUAAACUUACCAUUAUUUCAGGAUGUCUAUUUCUGGCUGCGGAUAUAUUUGCCAUAGCGAGUAUUGCCAAUCCAGACUGGAUCAACACUGGCGAGUCAGCAGGUGCACUUACUGUCGGACUUGUGCGUCAAUGUCAGACCAUUCACGGACGAGAUCGAACCUGCAUCCCCCCGCGACUCCCACCAGAGUGGGUGACCACGCUGUUCUUCAUCAUCAUGGGCAUCAUCUCCCUCACGGUCACCUGUGGCCUGCUGGUGGCCUCUCACUGGCGCAGAGAAGCCACAAAGUACGCCAGGUGGAUCGCCUUUACAGGAAUGAUCCUGUUUUGUAUGGCGGCCCUCAUCUUUCCAAUAGGAUUCUACAUCAAUGAAGUAGGGGGACAACCAUACAAAUUACCCAACAACACAGUGGUGGGCUCCUCAUAUGUACUGUUCGUGCUCUCCAUUUUCUUCACGAUAGUGGGGCUCCUUUUUGCGGGAAAAGUCUGCCUUCCUGGCUGAGGGAACAUUCCCAGCAGGGACAUCUGGAGUGUUCAAAGUGAUUUCGGAGGAAAACGGCACUUGAGGAGCAUUUACGGAGGAUGGUAUUAUAUGGUAAUAACUCGCUGAACUGCACAACGACGAUAAAAACAAUGAAUGCACACAAUGGUGCAUCCGGCUACAUGCUCUCCUUUGCCCAACCUGUGCUUAUUUAAACCCUGUCUUUAUGUUGCAUUUUGGGCGUAAAAGUACAAGGGGCCAUCCGAAAACAAAAGAGUGCACCACAACAGCUGCUUCCACCACAGUUUUCUUAAUUUCGUUGUUGUCUCAAGGAUUAUAGUUUCAGUAUGUUCCAUUCAUUCAAGUUCUGCAGUUUGUAUACACACAUGUCGCCCCCUGCCUUUGUAGAGAAGAAUGACAAGACAGUGGUGAGGAACGCAGGCGGAGACACGAUAGGGCCUUGGGCCAUCAAAAAAGGGUCACGGUUGUACAUCCUCAGUGAGAGGCCCAAGAGCUGGCCAAGGCAAAACACUGUUACAAAAGAAGGAAAGGGAAAAGGGAACAGUAUUAAAAUAUUUUUUUUGCUUGAACACUACAUGAGGCAAAUGCACCAGGACUGCCGGUCAGGACCCUGCAAAGCUUUACCUCGCUCUUAAACACUCAGAUAUCGACGGAUGUGUCUCUAGUUAUGACAUCCAUACCAAAAGAAACUCCUGCCUGCAUUCAGUGUUGAGUCAGUUCAGUUCGGUUGCAGGCGGACAGUUGUGGUUUGACUUUAUACCUGGUCAUCAUUUUUGGUUUGAUCCCUAGAUUUGCAGAGCCCUUUACUUGUUUGGUUUCAUUUUGCUGAUGUGCCAUAAAUCUGUUUUUGUUGUAUGAACGCAAAGGGCAAGAGUUUGGUUUUUGGGAGCGCACUGUGCAGUAUAGCCAUUUAUUAGGUGAUGCACUACAAAUGUACAAAAAGAGAACUCCUUACCUCAUUAUUUUGCAUUUCAAACUAUUUCCCCCAUAGUUUACCACGACAAAAAUGUGUGCCCUGUAAGUUAUGUUCUGCUCGAUCAUAGACAUUUCAUCAAAAUGCUGUGAUAAUGGCAAAAUUAUUUAUCUGACACUGAAUAAAAGGAGAUCAAGAAAGUGUGUGUUACAUCAGUUGUUCUGUUUCUGAAGCGUUCCCCCAUAUGAAUAAGAAGUGUGAGCUUUAAGAGUGUAUCUUUACAGUCGAACAAAAUUACAAUCUCUGUUUAUUUAUGACUUAUGAAUUUGAAGGUUACAUUUUUCUCAAAAUAACCUAUUCAAGUUUUUUUCUCUCAAAUGUGCUUUGAUUUUGUUUUAUAACAAUUCAUUCUCAGUCCCCUGUACAUUCUUUCCUAAAUGAAUUUACUUCUUUGGGAGAAUGCACUUUCCUCUGAAACAUUCAAAUUCAUCAUAGUAACGGCAAACCCUGAUACAUUUAUAUUUAUUAACUAUUUUAAGGAUUCUCAUAAAUGUGCAGAGUAAAAGCUUACAUUUAGAGCGAAAAAUGACAAAGGUGAUAAAAAUAGGAACACAAAAAAUAUCAUUCGUUUCAUUCAGGAUUUGUACAAUUGCUCUUGGCAAAAGGUAUCUCACUUCUUUGUAGCACUGGGACCUAAAUUAAUGUGAAAUGUCGGUGGCCUGCCGUGGAAGACAUCACCUUCAUCCUAAAGACUGCACCUGCUUGGGAUUUUUUUUUUUGACACCCAUCAUAAAAUGGAAAACAAUAAUAUGCGAAUAAUGAAAAUCUGUUAUUUAUGGUUUGAAAAGGGAAGGAGACCAAUGCAUGAAUAACAGUAUUAUCUAUCAAAGGAUGUUAUCAGUGCUUGUGCACAGUUACUGUUCAAGAGCUUCUUAUUACUGGCAAGACAGACUUUUCUCUGCUUCUCUUUGUUUCAAUAUUUCACUGUACACAAUUAAAGGCAUACAAGAAAGCAUACUGCCUGAAUUGACCUGACAUUUACUUAAUGAGCAAUCCAGCUAUAACUUUGUGUUCCUUUGAUGAAAACGCACCAGAUUUUGCAUGCACAAAGGCUCUGGCUAAUUGCAUUUUGUAUCGUUUUAGGAGGAAUACGAUAUAUGGUUGCUUAGCAACUAGCAGUUGCAUUACUUGUUCUGCCUACUGUCCUGUUUGAGCUAGAAGCUUAAUUUCACAUCAGACUGCCGCUCCUGUUUGGGAACAGAUCUGCGUCAAUGACCCACAGGUUUAGGCAGCAGUAGAUUUGUUUUGAUUAUAUAAACUUGUUCAUGUUAUAAAUAGAGUACCAUGCAUAAAACCUGUCAGAUGAACACUGAAUUAAGUUGUCUUAUCACACCUGUCUCUGUACAAGCCUUGCUAUGUAGGAAUAAAAAAAAUAGGAAGCCGUUAAAGGGACAGUUCACCCAAAAAUGAAAAUUCUGUCAUCAUUUACUCACCCUCGAGUUGUUCCAACCCUGUAUACACUUCUUUGUUCUGCUAAACAUAAAGAUAUUUGGAAGAAUGUCCGUAACCAAACAGAUCUCAUCCCCCAUUGACUCCCAGAGUAUUUAUUUUCCCUUCUAUGGCAUUAAAUGGGGGUCGAGGUCUGUUUGGUUAUUGACAUUCUUACAAAUAUCUUUGUGUGUUCAGCAUAACAAAGAAAUGUAUAUGGGUUUGGCACAAUCUGAGGCUGAGUAAAUAAUGACAGAAUUGUCGUUUUUGAGUGAACUAUCCCUUUAAGAACAUUCAAGUCAGUGGGUGUGUGGUUUAAGGAAUGGUGUAGGACAUAUAAUAUAUUUUGUGUUCCACAAAAAAAGAGUCAAAUACAGGGUUUGAAUGACGGGGGUGAAUAAAUGAUGACACAAUUAUUACUUUGUGGUUAACAACUGUGCACCACAGCAUGUUACUGUAACAACCGUUAUUAUAUUAUUAUCUAAACAUAAUUAUUAUACACACGUGUUGGAUCCAGUUUCAAAAGGUCUAGAAAUUAUACAAUAAAUCAAAUAUGUGCAUUAAUAA